AUGGCUGACGCUGCACCUCGUGGACGUGGUGGAUUUGGCCGUGAUCGCGGUGGUCGCGGUGGACGUCGCGGACCCCGUCGUGGCGCUCGUCGCGGAGAUGAGAAGGAGGAGUGGGGUGAGUAGUGCUUUCAGGAUUUGGCAAACGCAGGCUAGCGUGGAUGCUGCAGUAAAGGGAUAGACGAAUUACGUUGGUCAAGAAAGAUGGACUAGACGGAGGGUGGAGCGUAUACUCAGUAGUUGAUGCGAAGGUCGAAGCUGGGAGAAGGAGCACAGGGCUGCGCCUCCAAUGCUGCCUGCGCACCAAGCUCGCAAUCACUUCAAGGACUGUCCUCUUGUGUUACAGCGCCGCGACGCAUCACUAACGUCGCUCUUUCGACACGCGUUCGCAGUUCCCGUCACCUCCGUCGGUCGUCUCGUCAAGGAUGGCAAGAUCAAGUCCAUCGAGGAAAUUUACCUCUUCUCCUUGCCCAUCAAAGAGUUCCAAGUAGUCGACUUGCUCUUGCCAAAGCUGAAGGAUGAAGUGAUGAAGAUCAAGCCAGUCCAAAAGCAAACCCGUGCAGGUCAACGUACCCGCUUUAAGGCUUGCGUUGCUAUCGGUGAUGGAGAUGGUCACUUGGGUCUUGGUGUCAAGUGCGCCAAGGAAGUAGCAACCGCUAUCCGCACCGCCAUCAACAUUGCCAAGCUCAACGUCAUUCCCAUCCGCCGAGGCUACUGGGGUAACGCUCUUGGAGAACCUCACACUGUCCCUCUCAAGGUCUCUGGAAAGUGCGCUUCGGUCACCUGCAGAAUUAUUCCUGCACCUCGCGGUACCGGCAUCGUCGCUGCUCCUGCGUCCAAGCGCUUGUUGCAGCUCGCUGGUAUCGAAGACGCUUACACGCAAACUCGUGGACAAACCGGUGAGUACUUGGGCGAAAGGCUAUUGGCUCAGAGCGGCGAGAGUAGAGGAAGUCGGUGGACCGGCACUUCGGCGCAGGCGUUACGCUGCAUGUUUGCCUCGCGAUCGGUUUACGUUCCCGUGCGGCACCUUCGCUGACCACGAUACCCUUCAUUGUUUGCACGCCUUUUAGCCACCACCGGCAACUUCGUCGGCGCAGCAUACGAAGCUCUUUCCAAGACCUACGCUGUCCUCACCCCAGACCUCUGGAAGCUCAUCGCUCCCCCGCCCACUCCAUUUGUCGAGCACUCUGCACACCUCGCUCGCACCGCGCCCAAAAAGCUCUACUAA